AUAGGUUUACUGUUACUCUGAAGGAAGCAGGGACACAAUAGCACUCAAUAUGUUGGUCUGAUGCUUCUCCUUUUAUUUCCAUUUUUCAGUUGAUGACAAGGAAGAAAGACUGAGACUGGACAGUAUGUUAUCAGAGGACGGCCCUGAAGUAAGCUCACGGACUAAUGGGGCUUAUUCUGCUGAGCCUGGUUCUCCGGUACUGGAUCAACACCGUGGAUGGAUCAUGUUCAACAGGCAGCGCUGUGACUUGUGAUGACUGUCUGCAGCUGAGCCCUCACUGUGCAUGGUGCACACAGGAGAAUUUCACUGACUGGUUUUCAGUCUCAGAAAGAUGCGACACACUGGAUGGCCUGCUAGAAAAAGGAUGCGCCAGGUACCAUGUUGAGUUCCCAACCUCCAGCAGCCAAGUCUUCCAGGAUCAGCCCCUCGGGAAAAACACGAACAGCUCAAACAGCACUCAGGUCUCGCCACAAAAAAUGGCACUCAAGCUGCGACCUGGCAGUGAGGUCACCUUCCAGGUUAAGAUUCAACGCACAGAGGAUUAUCCUGUGGAUAUCUACUACCUGAUGGACUUAUCAGCAUCCAUGGUCGAUGAUCUGCAGAUGAUCAAAGACUUGGGCUCUUCUUUGUCUAAAGAGAUGGCCAUGCUUACCAGUAAAUUUCGAAUGGGCUUUGGGUCCUUCGUGGAGAAGCCUGUCCUUCCCUUCAUUAAGGUGACAGAGAAAGAACUGAAAAACCCUUGCAGUAAUAUAGGGUUGACUUGCCAGCCAACAUUUGGCUACAAACAUGUCUUGCCUUUGACAAGCGAAACCAACCGGUUCAAUGAGAUAAUUGCUAAGCAAUCUGUGACUGCAAAUCAAGAUGAGUUGGAGUGUGGCUUUGAUGCUGUGAUGCAAGCAGCUGUUUGUGGGGACAAAAUUGGCUGGAGAAACGAUUCGAUGCGUCUGCUGGUAUUUGUCAGUGAUGCCGACUCACACUUCGGUAUGGACAGUAAAAUGGCCGGCAUUGUGAUUCCCAAUGACGGGCAGUGUCACCUGGAUGUCAAGAAUGAGUAUUCAAUGUCCAAUAUGCAGGAGUAUCCAACUCUUGGUCAGCUGAUUGACAAAGUGGUGGAAAACAACAUUCUGCUUAUAUUUGCUGUAACAGAGAAUCAAAUAGACAUCUAUAAGAACUAUGCAGACCUCAUACCUGGCGCCACAGUUGGAGUCCUGGCGACAGAUUCGCGGAACAUCCUGGAACUGAUUGUAACAGCAUAUAAAGAACUGCGUUCAGAGAUUGAACUUGAGGUGCUUGGAGACACAGAGGAGCUGCAGAUGUCCUUCACAACCAUUUGUCCAAACGGGACUGUCUUUCCUGAUCUGAAACAUUGCUCCAACAUCAAACCAGGAGAGACGGUAGUGUUCAAUGUGUCCGUGGAGCUUUCGGGGUGCCUGUCAGGAGUUCGGCAUUUCUCCCUCAAACCGGUGGGCCUACAGGGCAGCCUGGAGGUGGAACUGGAGUCUUUUUGCUCGUGCAACUGCCAGCAGCCUCCUUCAACAAACAGCAGCCAGUGCAUCGAGAGCCAAGGAGCUUUCCAGUGUGGUGUGUGCGUGUGUCAGCCGGGCUUCCUUGGAGCGCAGUGCGAAUGCAGUGAGGAGAGUGCUGUGUUGAGUAACUGCCGCGCAACCAAUGACUCUGAAAUAUGCAACGGCCAGGGACACUGUUAUUGCGGGCAAUGUGUGUGUCACGUGUCCAGCUUUGGCCGCAUCUAUGGGCCCCACUGCGAAUGUGACAAUUACUCCUGUGUUCGCUUUCGUGGGGAGCUCUGCGGAGGUCAUGGAGUGUGCGACUGUGGGGAAUGUCACUGUGAAAGUGGUUGGACAGGGGAGUACUGCAACUGCAGCAGCAGCUCUGAGGCGUGCAUGUCGGAGGAUGGCGAGCUCUGUAGCGACCGGGGGAAAUGCGUGUGCGGCAAGUGUGUCUGCUCUGUUCCUGGAGCAUCUGGGGACAAGUGUGAGAAAUGCCCAACAUGUGGAAAUGCUUGUAGCGCUGCAGGGGCCUGCGUGGAGUGUCAUCUACAAGAACAAGAUUCUCCGUUGUGCGAUUUACAGUGCGGCAUUGCUCAAAUUUACAUCAACAAAACAGAAGAUCAUGACAAAAGUCCCUCUAUGUCAUGCACGCUCAAGAUGGAAAAUGGGUGCUGGGCAUCUUUUAAUGUGAUAGAUGAUGGGACGGGGACCACUGCCUACAACCUCCAGAUGUAUGAAUGCCCAGAGCCCCCCAACAUCCCCAUGAUUAUUCUGGGGGUCUCUCUUUCUAUCGUGUGCAUUGGUCUGAUCCUGCUGGCUGUGUGGAAGGUGCUGGUAUCAGUCCAUGACCGGAAAGAAGUGGCCAAGUUUGAAGCUGAGAAAGCAAAGGCAAAAUGGGAGACGGGAACCAACCCUCUGUUCAAAAGUUCAACGUCUACAUUUAAAAAUGUAACUUAUAAGAACACACACAGGGAAAGGAUCAUUACCAUGAAUCACUACUGACGAUAAAUGAUAUUUGAGCGUGUGUGCGUGUGUGCGUGUGUGUGUGUGUGUGUGUGUGUGUGUGUGUGUGUGUGUGUGUGUG